AGACUAAAUCUUUUACAUGGUAUACUGCUACAGAAUAUACAGAUGACAACAGUAAGCUUGAGAACCAACAAUCAUUAAUUACCUCGUUCCGUUCAAAAAGGAUCAUUACCUCGUCAUGCGUAUCGAUAUACAUCCACUCGUUAAUCAUAUCAUACUGAUGACAACCGUAAGCUUGAGAAUCAAGUGUGUUUAAUUCACGCUAAAAUUGAAAAUUUGAUUGAAAUUGGAACGAUGUGAUGAAAAAGUAGAAGUUUGUGUGUGUAGAAAAGUUUUGAUAUGAUGGAAAAGUUGGGAGUUUGAAACUAAACUCGGCCAUACAUGCACCGACCUAACUUCAACCCGACGCGCAGGCAAGCGCGGCCUAUAAAUGCAUGCUAACAAACCAUGAUCCCAUUUCCAGUAUUUGUCGCCGGCUAUAUAAUAUAUCGGACGUCCAGACGACGUCACUCUUUACUCCGAUCCGUUUCAUGGCAUCAGAAGCUGCUACGACCUGCAUCGGGUUUAUCCUCCUCACAGCAAGCUCGAUCGCUGCGAUCCACAGGUCACACGGAGAAAUCACCGAGACGUCGUUCAUCGUCGUGUCGUACCUCAGCCUUGUGCUGCUCUUCGUGUUCCUCCGCCGCUUCGAGGCGGCGCCGCGGAAUUCGCCGGCGAGGGGCGGCGCCAAGGCCGGCGUAUGGGUCGUCACGGCGCUGCUCGCCGCGGUGUUCUCGUGGAGGGUUUCCGCGCUCAUGCCGUGGCCGGUGGAUGCGAUUAUUUGGGUGAUGGCCGCCUCAACUGUUCUUGGGGGAUUCUACGCCUUGUUCCUUCAUCAUCCCGGCGUAGACUGAAAAUGAUCGAUCGAUCGAUCGACAUGCUGAAGCAAUGGAACAGUUAAUUCCUGUGUAAAUAUCGUUACGUACUGGCUGCUAGCUAUUGGAUAUUGCAAAUGUUUGGUUCUUUCUACACAUGUAUAUAUACAUAUCUAGCUUUACUUUAUAUAUACAUAAACCAUUGUACAUGUACAAAUGUUACACAAAAUGUAUUAAUUGUAGUAGUAGUACUUAAUUUCGUCUUCGACUA